UAAGUGAGGCGAGAGUUUGCUUUUCUAGUAGUUCUAGUCUCUCUACGCUCCGCAACCGGCUGACCGAUAAUGGUCGAUCUCGGCCGAGCGAGGCCGAGUCGUGUAUUCACAGUAGACUGCAGUACAUUGGAGUAUUGGAGACAUUGGAGUAGGCUAUGGCGGCUGUGACAAGAUAUUUGCCAUUUAUGUGCGAGUUGCGAGAGUGAGUGAUCUUGUUGUGUACGGGACUCGUGAGCGCGAGUAGCGAGUCACGAGUCGCGAGUAGCGAUCCGCGAUCAGUAUUCGGCAAUUCGGCUGGGGUGCGCGCGCGCGCUCGCGCACAUAUCCGCCGUGGCCGAUCCGUGAGUCUCUCGUGAGCCGGGCUAGGGCAACCUAGGGCAAUCUUGGACGACCUGGGGCGACCUGGGACGAUCGGAGGCACCGCGCGAGGCAAACGAUACUGAUCCGUACGCGCACUGCGACGACUGACGACUGACAAGAGUGACGAGUGACGAGGAAGACGACGACAACAACGACGACGACGACGACGACGACGACGACGACGACGACGACGACGACGACGACGACGACGAUAAGACAAGCCGUCGGAGCGGCCCCGAUGCGGGUCGCACGCGCUCCUCUCAGGGCAAAUGAUGACUUCAAUGCUGCCCAGCUUUAACCCGCCUAUCGUCAAGCGGCUGCUGGGCUGGAAGAAGGCCGAGAGCGAGGACAAAUGGAGCGAGAAGGCCGUUAAGAGUCUGGUGAAGAAGCUCAAGAAGUCCGCGGGCCUCGACGAGCUCGAGAAGGCCAUCACGACGCAGAGUUGCAACACCAAGUGCAUCACUAUACCAAGGCCUAGCCCGGGCGGAGUCGGCGAUAACGGCGUUCAAGGUGUUCGCGGCAAGGGUCUGCCGCACGUGAUUUACUGCCGACUCUGGCGUUGGCCGGACCUACAGUCGCACCACGAGCUUAGGGCGAUCGAGCACUGCGAGUACGCCUUCACCCAGAAGCGCGACGAGGUCUGCGUGAAUCCUUACCAUUAUCAACGAAUACAAACGCCAGUUUUGCCAGCCAUUCUUGUACCGCGGCACAACCUAGCUAGCGACGAGAACACCGUCCUCUACAACACCUCCCUCGAGGAGCUCAGCGUCAGCGUGCCGGAAAACACAAGCUUCCACGCGACGUUGAAUCACCAGCACAAUCAGCAGCAAGGCAUACCGCACUCCCCGCAGCAACAACAACAGCAACAACCAAAUAAUCCGUACCAAGGAAUGCAGAGCAUGCAAGCAACGAGUCCGGCAAGCGUCGGAAGCUUGGGAAGCGUACAGGGCUCGCCUCAUCCCGCUCCAGGAUCCAUGGAUCCGCCGGCAGAUACGCCGCCACCGGGCUACAUUAGCGAGGAUGGCGACAAUAUGGACCACAACGAUAACAUGUCCCUGUCACGCUUGUCACCCAGUCCUGUAGACGCGCAGCCGGUUAUGUAUUGCGAGCCCGCGUUUUGGUGUUCAAUUAGUUAUUACGAGCUAAAUACGAGAGUGGGCGAGACGUUUCACGCAUCGCAGCCGAGUAUAACCGUGGAUGGUUUCACCGAUCCAAGCAAUUCGGAGCGCUUCUGCCUCGGGUUGCUGUCCAAUGUGAAUCGCAACACAGUGGUCGAGCAGACUAGGCGACACAUUGGCAAAGGUGUCAGGUUGUACUACAUCGGUGGUGAAGUGUUCGCCGAAUGUCUAUCUGAUUCGAGUAUCUUCGUACAAAGUCCGAAUUGCAAUCAGCGUUAUGGCUGGCAUCCGGCUACCGUUUGCAAAAUACCGCCAGGAUGCAAUCUGAAGAUCUUCAACAACCAGGAAUUCGCGGCGUUGCUGUCGCAAUCGGUGUCGCAGGGUUUCGAAGCAGUAUAUCAGCUGACGCGUAUGUGCACAAUCCGAAUGAGCUUCGUGAAGGGCUGGGGCGCGGAAUAUCGCCGGCAGACAGUCACCUCAACUCCCUGCUGGAUUGAGCUGCAUUUAAACGGACCGUUGCAGUGGCUCGACAGAGUACUCACGCAAAUGGGCUCACCCCGCCUACCCUGUUCCUCGAUGUCUUAAGUCUUUACAACCUCCAUCCGUUCUUUCAUGAGAGAAGAACAUGUGAGAAUAUCCUUCGUGUGCUAUCGUCGUCGAUUGAUCGAUCCAUUCGUUUCUUCUAUUCGUUUCAUCGCAUACGGUAUGUGAAAGUUGAAAUCCGUUGUUCAGAUUUCCUUCGAACGAACGCUGCUCAGUGACGCGUGUAAGAAGAAGAAGAAGAAGAAGAUCUUUACGUAUGAUCUUUACGUUCGAAGAUGCAGUUAGUUGAAAGAAUUAAGGCUCAGAUACAACGAUACCAAGUUUUCUUCGCGCCGAUUCUUGACGGCUUUCUCGAAUUGUCGCGCGAUCAACCACGAAGCAAUCACGAUGUGUGAAGUACGCAAACGAAAGGAUGAGAAAUUGAAAUGGCGGCGUUCGCACAACAGUUGAAUAUCAUAGAUAUAUUAAAACUUGAUGUCCUACUACAGUUUGUUGUGAUUGAAGAGAGAAAACACGGUGAUGCGCAAGGACGCGAAUAAGAUACAUGGAGCUUCGCCUCGACGCACUUAUAUCGCGCGCAUGUACACCGCAAUUGGCGUACAAGAUAUAUCCAGGGUGAUCAUAAUCCGAGUUUAGUCGAUUCAUAAUAAGAAAUA